CAUCUCCGUCCCCAGUUCUAGCGCUGGUGUUGAACUGCAGCUUCUUACGCCGUCUCUCUAGCUUCGCUUGCCUGCCCACUCGCACAGACACCGCACAAGCGUGCCGCCGCCCUUGCCCUUUUUGAACGCAGAUAAAGAGCGUCCGGUGCCCCUUUUGUCCCUCCGUCACUAAUCCCCUCUUCUCCGUCAACGCCGCUCUCGCUCUUCUCAUUUUCCUUCCCCGUCAUCCAUUUCUCCCGGCCACAGCCCCCUACCACCUUCCUUUUCUCUUUGUAGACGACGACAACGACGACGACACAACGACAAGCUCAAAGUCGGUCGCUAUCUCUCUCUCCCUCUCUUCCUUUCACCCCUCCUUUUUCCAGCAGGAUUUCUCCUCCCCUUUCCUAGAUCCUUCAUCAACGCCGCGCGGAGAUGGUGGCCUUCGCCUUGCUAUUGGCCAUGUUGGUCGGCCUCGUCCCUUUCGUCCUCGCCCGAGACUUGGGCGGUGCUCAGCAUCUCUCCCUUGGAGCAGCCAGGCGUCAAGCUCGACGUGACCUUGACCCGUAUUCUUCUUUGAGGAGCCUCUCAGGCGGGCAAGGCUAUUCGACCCCACGAGGAGCGCGCGGUCGUUCAGCAGGCGAAGCUGGGCUGACUCCAGCUGAAAUUAAAAUGCUUGUAGACCUCCACAACGAAAGCCGUGCACAGUGCGAUGCGGAAAAUCUUGUCUGGGACCACGACCUAGCUGUUCAUGCAUACGGAAACGCCAAAACCUGCCAGUACGGACACUCCCAAGACCUCCAGAACAAAGCAGGCGAAAACAUCGCAGCAGGCUACGGCACCGACUCCCCGAUCAAAAGUCUGUUCGACGACUGGAACAAUGAGUUAGCUACGAACGGGGCUGACGCUUGCUUGAACGGCUUCAACGAGAAGUGCGGCCACUGGACCCAGGUCGUCUGGAAGCGAACCAAAACGAUAGGUUGCGCAAUAGCGCACUGUCCGGCCUACAAGCUUCAACUCGAUCAUUCCCGUCACAUCGCCGUAUACCUGGUCUGCAAUUACGGUCCACCAGGUAACGUCAACGGCCAAUACAAACAGAAUGUUCAACUGCCAAACAGCGCCGGUGCGACAUCCUACGGCAGUCACAAAAACGGCCGAAAGGGACUUGGCCCUGGAUCAGGAUAUAACAGGUACGCAAAUUCAAUCACUAGUACGGGACGCCUUCCAACCAAGCUUCAAGACUUCUCUGGAGAGGGCACCGGCAUCCAGGCCCAAGAUGGUGGCUGGAAGAGCUUCCUUCGCAAGCUAUUAACAAACAGCGGCUUUAGCUUCGUCAAUGACGAAUUCAGCGACAUGGAGAAGCGUGACGAAGAGAACAUCGAAGCUCAGGAUGCGUAAAGGGUCCUCAUCUCCUAUCCCCUGUCUUCAGGGCUUCCUUCUCUACCUAUCAAGCUCCCAGAUAGAGGCCGGUCCUCGAGCUCCUUUAACGGUUUCCAUCGGUUCACCUGCGGUGUACCCGUCCUCAUCCCCUCUUCUGGUCCCCUUUCCCCCUUUCCCCCUUUCGCAGACACUCAAGGUCAGCGGACUACAAGGCAGGAUCCACCAUUGUCCGGCUUCGGAUCCCCUUUCUCCACCUCUUUCUCAUUCUCGGCAAACGUUCGCCGAGUCCUCUUGUCACGUCUCCUUGUCCAGGUAUGCUUUGCGCUGGUCCUCGCAAUCCAUCAAUGGUAUCAGAACCUCUUUCCCUCGUGCGCUCGCCAUGAUUCUCGAGCGUAGGUGUGUCAUGUGAUGAUUCUGUAAGGCACAAAGCUUGGAC